AUGUUCAAUGAACUAGACGAAGAAGGGAUAUUAUUGCUAAUAAACCGAAAGCAAAUACAGUACAUAAAGAACGUCCACUGGAAGGUCGGAGGAGUACUACUUGAAGGCUCUCAAAUCGUAGAGACAUCGUCAUCCGUCUACCUUGAACGUCCUACGAAUAUGGAGAACGACAAAGAGGAAGAGCUGAACAGAAGGCGAGAGUUGCAUUCGCACCCGUCAAAGAAGUUACGGACCAACUGA